CUGAUGCUACGUGCCUGCAUAAGCUCAUUUCAUAAAUAAUUAUAGGAGUGUUAAACUUUAAAUCGUAGUUCUCGUUAAAAUACGAUGACCAAUUAUAUCUUAGACUAAUGAUGCAGCUCUGUAGUAAUACAUGUACAUGUAUAGCUAUGUUAGGAUUAAUUAUAACAGUUGAUGAUGUCUGACUCAAAUUGAUUUUGGUGCAUGGAACUAAAUGUUGAUCGUCCUGAGUUUCUAGAGAUGCCCUUGAGUCUGAAGAAGAUGGCUGCAAAACUAUAUGUGCGAUAGAUUUUUUUCCAAAAAAUUUAAAGGAGAUACGACGUCUCAGAUUUACUUAAUAAUGUUAAAGAGAUGCAGAGUCAAUUAAAUAUCGUUUAUGAAUAAAUUCUCAAAUUAUGUAUCUACUUAUGUGUACAUACCUUUUAAAAACAGUUUUGGGUAGAGAAAAUGGUGUAGUUUUGGAUAUGCCAAAAUAUUUGCGAUCAAUUUUAGCUCACUUUAGGUGAGGGAUUAGAAACUAGCUGGUGAACUUGCCGAAGACCGAAUUUGUACAUUUUGCUUUGAAAAUGAUAUAUAAAAUGAGAUUCUUUGAAUUUUAAUUACAUUCCUUUGUAUAAUGAUUACAGAAGAAACCGUUUUUGGAGAAAGCCAGAUUUAAUCAAUUACUAGAAGGGUCAGAUGCAGAUGCAAUAAACGCACUUAUUUCAAAUUAUCCUCCACAGCUAGGUUCCAAAAUGCUGAUAAUAUUUCAUCUUUUAUUGUUCAGAAAGUAAAUACAAUUGUACACGAUAUUAUUACCGUAAAAUGAAAGUACGGGAUAUAAAAUGACAGGUUCCAAUGAAAUCUUUAUUGGCAUAUCAUUUAUUGAUGUUAAAUGUAUUGUUGUCGAUACGCAGAUAUAUACUUCAAACUGUGUUGAAGUUUUUUUUUUAAAAAUUCGAUAUCUUCGAUUAAUUUUAAAAUGAAAUGGAACUUGCAUAUAUCUACGGCAAUUUUCAUGACAAUGACCAAAUUAGUUAAUUUUUAUCAAAAAGACAAUGGAAUGGGACUGGAUAAUCGAUGUAACAUUAUGAACAACAUUUUCGACACUACAUGCAGUAGCAUCAGUUCUCUUUUAUUGUACAGAGAAAUUUAUGAAGAUUCUCUUACAGAAAUUUUCACCUGAAAAUUGUGAGGAAAUAUAUGGUGUACAUAGCUGUAUAUACAUGAUAUAGUAGAAUUGUACGUACUGGUACUCCUUCUAUGGUAAAUGUGGGUAGAUAAAGAUUUGGAAUCAUAAUUAUUUUUUACUACAUCUGGGAGUAUAUUUUAAUUUAGUAAUUUAAACAUAUUUUAUUGAAUAAUACGAGUAGGAUUGGACAACAUGCAUAACCUAUGUAUAUCCUCUCCUUCUUAUAUAAUAGGUCAAGUUACAUAAUAAGUAUAUAGGAUAUAGUAUGUAUAAUAUAUAGGGAGUUCAUUUGUACAUGUAUUUAAAAUACAGUGCAUAUAAAUUAUCGGACAAAAUCAUUCUGUUUCAAAAUUAAUCAAUUGAAGAAAAAUCAAUUUAUUAUUAAUCAAGGAAGUUUAUUCAACGAACACUGAAACAAAGACUACAUAAUAGACCAUGCAGUGUCUACAAGAAUGAAUUUAUACAAAAAUAUUCAAUUCAUCAAAACCAUAUUUUCAUCAAGUUAUUUUUUUAUAUAAAAACACACACGCCAAAUGUAACGCAUAUAUUUAUAAAUAGGGUUUUUUUGUUAUCUAGAUUUAAUUUACAAUCUUUUUUAAAUGUUAUUCUUUUAUGUUGAGUAUAUGAUAUCAAAACGAGUGAUCUUUUCAUAUACCCUGGUACAUUAAUAUUGGGCAUUUGCCAAUGGUUUUAAUUUUGUUUACAAGUCAAUGUCAAUAAAUAUUUUUAAAAAUACUAUUGUAGGUGUUAUUGUUUUAAUUAAAAGCCAAGUAUUAUUAAUUAGUUUUUGACAUGAUUAUCUAGUUAUGAUUUUAAAAAAAGAAUAAAUAUUUUUUUUCCAAUUCAUAUGAUAUGUUUUUCUAUGAGCUACAUAUGUAUGAUUAAGAUAAAAAUCCAAUACAAAAGCCUACUUGUAGACCUGUGUAUCCCAAAUACAGUUUUGUUUCAGUUGAUGUAUUCAUAAGAAAUCGUAUUAUUAUCAAUUAAAAACAAGUGAGAUACCUUAUAUCGACAUGAACGAAGCGCGUUGUUUCUAUGUAAACAUUGACCUAGAAAAUAUGCCUAGAAAAGGUAAACAGUGGAACUCUUUUGUGUGAGGUGAUCACAAACAGUCUAUGGACCAAAAGCCUUUUGGGGUGGAACUUGUGACAAAACUUAGAAAAGUUUCUACAAAAGUGUAACAAGAAGAAUGAUCACAAAAGGUGUCCACUUGGCAAAGAAAAAGCGAGUAAACCCAUUGCACUCAAUGAGGCAGCAAGAUGAAUGAUUUCUUCACUGACUCUUCACUAACCUUAAAUGGCUUGUUUAAGCCUGAAACGGUACGAAAGUUUGGGAGGGAACUUUUGCCAUCUUUCUCUGAGGUAAUGAGACCCAUGGAAAAACCCUUCCCUUUCACCAGGCCAGAAUCCCCGUGUUCUCCCCUGGAUCUUCACAUGAGUCCAAAACGGAAUCCACCAGAUGAUUCAAUAACUCCUGAACCAGCUCAGAAAAAGCAAACUCAUUCUGACGACCAGGGUCAUCAAACCUGUAGUGACCAAAAUUCAAUGAAGAAUUCAAAAGGAGAUCAAGACGGAAUGGAUCGUUUUUCUCUGACACCUCAGCAGUUGGAGGAGAGGGCUCAAGAGUUUCUUAGAUUCUCUGAGUUUGGAUCAAAGAGGAAACUAUCUCAUAUACCUGUUUAUUUGCCGGAGCAAAUGGAGAUGGAUGUGAGUGUGUCUGAGAGAAUGAUGGGAAAUUCAGAUAGAAUGCUAGGAAAUGUGUCUGAUAGAGAGGUUUUGCAGGGUUAUUAUAAAGAAAUGCUGAUACAGAAAGACAACGAACCCCAAUGCAAGCAGGCCAGAGUAGCAGCUCUGUCUAAUUCUACUACGGCAGGCCAACUAGUGGAAGAAGAAACUCGCAAACCAGAAUCAUACUCUCCCACCUCCUCUCCAUCAGAGAAUGGUGCCCCUGACAGUCCUACCUCAAAACAUACAAGCAGCCCACCAUCAAAUAGUGAGGUCAGCAACUCGCAGCCCAGCAGCCCACAGCCCAACACCCAGGUAGGGCCCGAGCAGGGAUCUUACCCCUGCUCACACUGUGAUAAGAGUUUUGCCUACAUGGGAAAUCUCAAACGACAUAUCAAAAUGCAUCAUGGGGAAUACAGACCAUUCAAAUGCAGUUUAUGUGUGAAACGUUUCUGGGGCAACGACAGUUUAGAGCAGCAUGUUAAACGGGUCCAUUCCCGAUUUCGUCCAUACGAAUGUGCCCACUGUGAUAAGAAAUACUCAGUUUGCUAUGAUCUCCAGAAGCACGUGAGAAGUGUUCACGGGAAAGAUAUUGACUGGAACAUGGAGGUUCCGGGUGUUCACUCAGAUGGAACGGGAACCAAUCCGGGCCUCGGAAUUCACAAAGUGACGGGAAUCAAGACGCAAGCUCUCAGUCAACUGAACCAUAAGUGCAAAUUCUGUGGGCGCGGCUUCGCAACUUUCAAUGGGCUCGGAGUUCAUUUAAAAAUGCACUUCAGGUGCCGAGUGUGCCUCAAGGGGUUCAACACGGAAUCUUCCUUGCGAAUCCAUUUGCAGAAAGCGCAUGACAUUACAGGGGAGCAAGAAUAUGUGCUAUGAUGUGCCUUAAAAUAUUUUUCGCUGUAGCAAGAUAUUAUGGCUGCUGCAUGGGCUUUGAUAAUCACAUGGUUUAUAGUCCCAUAUUGUAUAACCUAAUUGUCUUCCAGAAGAGAGAAUUCCAUUUGUUAUGUCUUGUGUACACUUUUUUGGCAUUAUAUGUACUAUGAUAACAUUCCUUGAGUUUUUCCAUAUUGUUCAUGCAGUGUUUGUUUAUGUAUUUAUUUUAAAAAUCUUGAAUCUGUUAAGUUUAGUAAUUGUUUGUUUGACAAGUUUGAUUUUUUUGUUACCAGUUUUAAAGAUAUUGAGUGGUAAAAUGCAUGUAUUUUUAAAGUUAUACAUUUCUUUUUUUGUAAGUGCUUUUGUAUUUUAAUGUUUCCAUUGUUCAAAGUGCUUAUGUUCCAGUAUUCAUAAGAUGCAUUUCACCUGUGACAAUUAGUUUAAUUAAUGCAAUAUAAGAGAUAUUCCAACUCAAGAGAAGAGUAAUUGGGUAUACAUGUACACAUAUAUAUAUUCAGGGAUCUUACUCAAAUUGUCAAGAAUACUUUAUCAUUGGUAAUUCAGAAAGAAAAGAGUAUCCCAAACUCAGAAUUGAAAAAAAAACCAUUGAUAUUGAAAAAACUUAAAACUAGUGAUAAGUAUAAAAAUGUACUUUAUAUUCUGAUCGCAUUCUUAAGUUGAAUUUUGCACAUGUUUGCAUGUGUGUAAAAUAUUCCAUUCCAUCAGCGAAAACAGACAUGCUAGAUGAUAAGGGUGAUGUCAAAUGAUUUAUUUAACAUUUCUUUUAUUUUGGUUUUGUCCGAAAUUUAAGAUAGUGCAUUGCCAUACGUGUAUAUACUUUUGUAUAUAUUUUCAAUGAAACAUUCCUGAAGUAUAUUUAGAUAUAUUUUAUUAUAAAAUUGCCAGUUGAUGUGCCAUAUGAUAUAUUAUAGUGUUGACACUUGUGAAUUGACAUAUUUACCCAUGGGUUAUUUCCAUGAUUGUUUCCGGUAUAGAGGCUCAAAACAAAAGCAUAACUUUGUUACACAAAAUUGUUACAAUGUGCUUGAUAAAGUUAUUCAGCAUGUAUUUGUGUAUGUUUGGUUGUUCAUAUGAAUUCUUUGCAAUGGAUGGAGUUAUUUGAUUAAUCCUUAAUACCAGUCAAUGAUGGCCGAUCCUCCAAUUCAUUUGUAUUUUCCUUUACAACAAAGAUUGGAAAAUGAUAAAAGUUCAUAAAAUGCCAGAUGAUACCAUACUUAAGUGUUAUUGAUUUGAUUUUUUAUUCAGAGUGUUGACUACAUCUUUAACAACACUUUGAAAUUUUUGGGGCUGAGGACUGGCAAGCCUUAAUGGCAUUCAGAAUAAAUUAUUGAAUAUAGUAUGUUACUACAUUUAAUAUAAUGUACUUUAAAUGGUGGAUAUUAAAAAAGGGGUAAAAGUUUGCAAAAUUCAUGUUAUAAAAUGUAAUUGCUUUAAAAGAAAUUUAGGAAAUAAUAACACCAACUUUUUUAAAUUGAUAUUUGGUUAUUGUCUGCAUGCAUGUAAAAUUCCUCUUUUGUAUUUGAUCCAAUCUAGACUUCUUUUUUGUUCAUUUUCUGCGUGUCUUCAUUUCCUUUGGUUUGCCAUAAAGGUCAAAGUUGGAGACUUAUGCAAUAAGGUCAUGAUCAUUUAUAUCCAAUUUAGUGUGCUUUAUUCAGAGAAUGGUUGUUUUUUUUUUUUUACAUCGGCUUUACAUCAUUAAGUGGUAUUAUGCAAUGCAAAUUUGGCUUUGUAUUAAGUUUAAUUAUGAUUCCCCACUGUAUGUAAACAAACUUUGGCCCAUUCUUAAUUGAUGUUGUUUAAUUUUAUUUCCUUGCUAAAAUUCGAUGUUGCACAAUUUAUGAACCAUAGAGCUUGCAUACAUUAUUUGGUUGAUGUGAUAUUUCUAAACUUGUAAUAUUUUUAUGACAUUAAGGGAGUUGAAACUUGAAGGUUGUUUUAUUAACAUGUACAUAGUGAUUUUUUCCCCUUGUUUAUCAUUACAUGCUUGCAAAACUAAAUUAUGAUAUUGUACAUCUGUAUGUCAAAACAGUUCUGAUAUUAAUUUUAAUGCUGUUAACUUUUUAAAUUUUUAAAGCAGAUUUUUUUUAAUUGUGUCUUGUGAGCUCACUCUGUUUAAGAUUAAAGCCAAUUUGGCGGCACUUGAAUGUACUAUAAUUUAUUCAUAUAUAUUUAUUUUAAUUUUUUUAUCUGCUUAAUAUUAAAAAAUAACACGUUAUCAUUUAUUUGUAACAAAAAUCAGUUAACGUAACCGGAUAACUCAGUGAGCUUGUUGAGGAAAAUCAGGUUUACAUGUAACAAUAGUUAAAAGAGGUGCUAUAUUAUCAUUUUUAAGCUGGAUUUUGAAAAUGUGCAAGUAUGAGUAUAUUUAGUUAUAAUUGAAAUUCUAUAAACCCAGAAAUUAUGAUAUGAAUGUUGUAUGGUUAACUCAGAUAAUUUGACCUUCUUAUGGACAGGUGUUGACCCCUUUUGAAGUAUUUACAUGGUAGUUUGUCUUCAAGAUAAAGAUACAGGUAUAUUUACUAGUAAUGUUCUGUUAAUUGAUUUUGAAGUAAAUUUUCAAAAAUUGAAGUAAUUAUAAAUUGACCAUCCAAUCCUAUCUCAGUCAGUUUUUUAUUCUAUAAUACAACUAUCUUAUAGGAUUUACAAUUUAAAUAAACAACAAUUACCUAUUAAUACUUUAAUAACAAUCACUUAAUUGUAAUGAAAUGUAUUCAUAUUGAUUUUUUUCAAACACAGCAAUCCAAGUUUAUUUGCAAACUACAGAUAUGUAAGCUAGAAAGAAACUUGCUGGACAGUCUAUAAAUAUGUAGUUCCUUAUUUUCACUGUUACGACAUAUUUUUAUAAUUCAUUUCUAAUGCUUUGUUACUAAAACUGGCAGAGUUUUAAUACUGCAGUUUUCUUUUAGACAUGUCUGUUUUGUUUAAUAGGGCAUUAUAUUGAUGUUUACUUGUGUAGUUGUUUUUCAAGCAUUUAUUUAAACUAAUAAUUAAUGUGUUUGAUUUGGCUUGGAUCGCCUCACAUGUGAAAGCUCAUAUUGCUUAAUUUUUUUAAAAUUAGAUAUUCUCUGUGUGUUUUAUUUUUCUUCAGAUAUUUAAAUGAAUAUUCAUGAGUUUGAAGUUUCUGUGUGAAAUGUUGAAUUUUUUUUUUAGGGAAAAUACCUGUCAGUGAUAGCUGGACUAUAUUUUGGUAAUUUUUGUGGCAAUAAAUUUACAUUUACAUGAAUGUUCAGGCCAGGCUGUGAAAGGGUUUUCAUUUCAUUCCAAAAAUAAAUUCUGUCCUUCCCUUUGGGCAUAUUUACUAUGAAAUGAGAAUGAUUGUAUAUAGAUACAAAAUGCACUUAGCAGUAUAUAUUCAUUUCAUUGAUCACAGAACACUUUCUACAUCAAUUUUCUUUCCUAAAAUUGAGUUUAAAACUUAUCUACAUUUUACAUAGCUAUAUAUAUAUAUAUAUAUAUUCUUUUUGAAGAAAAAAACAACUUUUGCAUGCUUAAGCCAUCAGUCAAACUGAUAACAGUAGUUGGUUUUAAUUGAAACAUAUCCAGACUAUCAAAAAUUUCAGUCAAAUGGGGAAAAUGCACAAACAACAUUUUAUUUCAGGCAAUAGAAGAAUGUAAAACAUUCAGGAUUAUCAAGUGUAUAUUAAUGUUCUUGAAAUUAUUGAGGAUUUUUGAAACAGAAUACAAAUAUUGCUAUCUGAAUUCAGUGUGAAUAAUAAAAUGGAUAUAAGAUUC